GUAAAGUUGGAAAAAAAAUCGGCCGAUUUUGCCGAUCGGCCGAUUUUUCGCGGCAAUAUCCAGCAAAAAGUGUAUCUGCAGAGAGCUCCGCUAUUUCUGACAGUUCUCUGACAGUUCCUUCACAUUUACAGCGGUUGAAACAUUGUAUCUAUUUGUUUCCGAAUAAAAACAUCUGUAUCCUAAAUGGAAACAAAUAGAUACAAUGUUUCAACCACUGUAAAUGUGAAGGAAGUCAGAGAACUGUCAGAAAUAGCGGAGCUCUCUGCAGGGACACUUUUUGCCGGCUGUAGAAGGGAUGAAAAUCGGCCGAUCGGGGAAAAGUUUUUGCUAAUUUUCGGAUUCGGCGCGAAUCGAAUUUUUCCUAAUAUUCGAAACGAAUUCCACUUCGUCAUGUUCGAUUCGCUCAUC